CUGUCUUUAAGUAUUGAUUUCUUUUAUUCAAUAAUAUCAUACUUGAUAAUUUAGUUAUGAUUAUUGAGUGCGUAUGUCUAGAUAGAUCUUGUUCUUAAUGUGCAUAGACUAUCAAUUAAUAAUUUUAAAUUAUUUAGGAACUCAUUUUUGUUAGAUCUUUUUUUAAAAAGUUAAUCAAUGUUAAGCAGCCUCGAUUUCAGUUAGUUUACAUGACGGCAAGGAAACGGUAACAUGUCUACCAUUCAUGGAAAAUUCGAAUAAUAGAUUUACACUUGUUCUGCAACAAUGAGCGGAGACUCGGCAGACGUUAUUCCUGAUUACUUACAUCUGCAUCUUAAAGAUGACAGUCAGGGUGAUAUUGCCAGUGAAUUCAGCUCAAUUAGUAGGAGAAGUAGUACAUUCACUGGAUUUAGUAGUCAAGGCUCGUAUUACAAACGGGGCAGAACAGGCCCAUACUUAGAGGGCAAUUUACGCCUUUUAGAAACAAUAAACAGCAAAUCAAUGGAAAGAGAGUUCAACUCUGAUGUCAUGUGUUGUCGAUUCAAUCAUGAUGGCAGUCAUUUGGCAGUGGGGUUGUGUGAUGGCACUAUUAAGAUCUUCAAUGCACUGAGCGGCCAACAGCUGUACACAUUAUCUGAUGAGGACACCAAUAAAUGUCGGCUUCCUGUCACACAGAUUCGUUUCCAGCCUUUUGCAGAAGGAGGAAAAUCAGAAUACACGCACAUCAUCAUAGCAACAUAUGCAUCAGGGCACAUCAAGUUCUGGCACUACACUUCAGGAAUGUGUUUGUCCACAAUCAAUGAAGUCAGACAAAUUCUAGCGCUGACUGUCAACCCUGAAGGCACUCACAUUCUAACAGCUGGAGCUGAGCCGCAGAUUAACAUGUACGACCUGGAGACCAGAAAGAAAGUCGCAACAAUGGAGCCUAGCGAUGGUUAUGACAUCAUGGAUGGCCACAGGUUCAGAGUGUUUGCCCUCCAGUAUAAUCCAAACCAUCCACAUAUAUUUAUUUCUGGAGGCUGGGAUGACACUGUACAGUAUUGGGAUGACAGAAAAACUCAUUCAGUCAAGAAAUUUACUGGACCACACUUGUGUGGUGAUGCCCUUGACAUUGACCCAAUUCACAACCACAUUCUGACUGGAUCAUGGAGAAAAAGUCAUGUGCUCCAGAUCUGGGAUUUUGCUUCAGCUGUGAAAAUCAAAGAUGUUCCCCAGGAUGCAUUAAAUCAUAGUCAGCUCUAUUGUGCACAGUGGCUUGGAAGAGACAGCAUUAUUUGUGGAGGUACUAAUCAGAACAUGGCCAGAAUUAUAGACAGAGGAACACUGAAUACUACAGGUCAACUGGUUGAUUUACCCCAAGGAGUGUACUGCAUUGACAAUGACAGGCAAGGGACAACACCCAAGAUUGCUGUUGGCUCAAACAGAUUUGUAUAUUUGCUUAGAGCUGAGAAAAAACAGUUUUCAUAAAAGUUGGCACCCAGUCAGUCUACUAGUGGACAAUUGUCAACAUUCUUUUAAGCUUACUUAAGAAAAAUUAAAUUAAUAAUCAAGAAGACUGAAGAUAGAAAUGCAUUAUCAUAAUCAAGAAGACUGAAGAUAGAAAUGCAUUUUCCUUCACAUAAUAAUUUAGCCAUGUGCGUCCAACAUCAUAUAUGAACUGUAUAUUUUUUAUCCAUCAAAAUUUUGCUUUGAAAUAUGAAGGACUUCCUUUACUUCUGACAUCAGAAAAAUAAUUUUAGAUCUAAAAAUUAUCUUUUUCUCCUUAUAAAAAAUGUGUGCAUCUCUUUUUUUAGAGAAACACUUAAUGUAUUGAAUCAGUUGAACUAGGUUAGUAUAGAAGAAGAAAAUAAGAGCCAACAUUUAUCCUCACAUUCUAUGUAAAAAAUUAUUUAAGAUUCCAUUAAUGUAAUAGUGGAAACAGUCAUGAAACAAGUUCUGAAUUUUCAAACUAUUUGAUAUUAAUAAAUAUGUAGCCUUAGCCGUCAUCUUAUUGGCUCCUUACUUUGGGCUAAUUUAUGAAGAAUGUAUCAAAGAGAACAAGUUCUGAGAUAUAUGCUGGUUAGUGUAUUAACUGUGGUGCUAACUACUUAUAUAUUUUACUAUCAAAACAUAAUAUCAAAAAUGUUUUUAAAACCAUGUCCUUAGUUACAGGAAACAAAAAGUAUAACUAUUGGUUUUUACAUAAACAGUUGCGUUAUGUUUAUCCUGGUUUAACCAUUUGUUUUUUGCUACAACAAAUACUAGACAUAAGCUGCUAGUAAAAGACAAAAAUUCAAUUGCAUUUCAAGAAACUGAGUCAGAAAAUCAUCAAUAACUUCAUUGGUUCAUUCUAUUUCGUAUAUAUAUUUUAAUCUUUUCAUCAUAUUUUCUGAACUGUUGAGGAUUUUGUUUUGUAAUAGUUUGUUUUUUUAUAUCAUGUCGUACACACUAACUAGAUCUGUUUGCAUCUACUCUGGAUUUUUGUUCUUGAUAGUUUAAACUAUGUGUGGGCAAGCAGAUAAAGUCUAUUUCCAUGAGGCUGUCACAUACCUGCCCCACUUCAGACACUGUGUUCCCAACUCUUAGGAAACUGUUAAAGAUCUUCUCCUUUUAAAAUGUCCCCAUUUAUUCCAUCCCAACAGAACCUAUUGCCUCAACAAUCCAGUUUAACCAACAUUGGUUAAGAAGUACAGGAUUCUACUUUUCUAUGGCACAUCCUUCAAAAGAACUUACAGUCCAGGAGCUUAAAAAAUUGGCUGAAAGAAAAAAGAACUUUAAGGCUCUUUUUGUAUGUGCUUUGAACUGUCAUCUUGAUGUCCUGGGGUUUGAAUCCUCUUUUCACCAUCCUCUGCUAUCCUGCUGGAGGUUUGGACUAGAAUCAUCAAAUCUGAAGGGGCGUCCAAAUAUUUAAAAUAAAAACAAUUCAAUCUACUCUUAAUCUAGAUCCAUCCAUCCAUAUUUCUUUGAUAAUAUUUCUCAAGCAAUCUUAAACAAUUCAACCUACUCUGGAUCUAGAUCCAUUGUCUGUCAUUAAAAAGGGUUAUGUUUCAUUGAGAAUGGUCUCAGGCAAUAUUAAACAAAAAACAUUUUGGGGCUGUCCAUCCAGCAUCAGCUUUGAAACAAUAAGUUUUACAUUCGCUGUUCUACAUCUUCAUCCCCCUACAGAUUUGAGACAUGACUAUUGGUUUGCCCAUCAGUUAUCUUUUUUCCCUGCCCAUUUUAACUCUUUGGCAACAUUUUUUAAACUGAAUUUAGUUUGUAUGUGGCAAGGGCAAUUUACAGCCAUCUUUCAACUUUUUAUUUUAGUUAAUUCACUCCCUUGUUCCAAUAGCAUUAGAAGAUCAUUAUUAUUGAAAUAAUUCAUUAUGUUGUGAAAAUUUUUUUUUUAUGAUUAAGUCUAUGCAAUAAGCAAAGAAUCAUGGCCUUUUUUUUUUUAUUUUACCUCAGACAUUGAAGAUAUUGUAUCUUGAUACAUAUGCUCAGCAGUAAACUAUGCACAUGGUUCUGUCUAAUUCAUUCCGUCCUCAGUUGGAAUAGUAUUAUUAUUACAUUAUACUAUUAUAUUAUAUUCUUGUUAAUAAAGAACAGGUACAAAGAUUUAGCCUGAUAUAUGUUUAGUGUAUAUGUAUAUUAUCCAAGAUGUGUCACUAGUGUGAAUAAGUAAAGUACCCUUUUCAGACCUAACAAUCUCUAGGGCAGAUGAUGUAAAGGUCAUCUGUUUCUGUGGCCUGUGGUUCAUGAGUGGUUCAUGAGUAUGUGUGCGUAUGAAAUUUGAGUUUCCUUUUCACUAGCAAGUGCUCCCACUCUUUUUUUUAAGUAUAGAAUCACACAGUCAGCAAUUUUGUUUUGUCAAAAUUGUUUAGGCCAGCAAAGUUAUACUUUAUUUAAAGGAUAUAGUAUUGUAGAAUCAAGUAUGUUUUAUUUUAAAUAUUCAUUCUUAUAGCUGAAAAUUAUCCGUCUGAAGUUAAAAUAACCCAAGUUGUCCUAAGUCAGGAUAACCAGCAAUUGAAGCACCAUUUUUUGUCAUUUAUUUAGGGUCAUUGGAAUCAUAAAACAAAACUCUAAGCAUGCUGGGUAAAAAUGAAAAGUUUAUUGUUCAAAUUGUAUUACUUUAGAUCUAUGUAUUUCUGUUGUGCUUAUGUCAAUAAACUCACUGUUUCUUGGCCAGCUUGAUGUCAAAAGGGCAUGGACCAACUUAUUAUUAUUAUAGUUAUUUUAAAAAAGGGAAUCAAUACCUUUGUAUAGUGGUGUACUUUAAAUAGAGCUGUCCUGUGAUAAGCCCAGUAUUUUAUACACAACUAUGUUGUACAACUGAAGCCAUUCCACAAAUUAACCAGACAGGUUGACAUGAUGUUGUGUUCUGGUCAUGUAACAGCACAGCAUCACAAAUGUUUUUGUCUAAUAAAAAAUCAAUAUAAUACAAUAUC